CUCUCAACUACGCAUGCGCACAAUAUCAUGGUGGCGUUUGCUGACUGGCAUCUGGGGAAGUUGUGAAAUUAUUAACUUAGUAAAGUUUUAAUGAAAGAGAUGGGUCGUUAAGAAGGGAAAUUUAAACAGUGUGAAACUCCGUACAGAGAGUUUAUAAUACAGAAACAGAAGAAAGAGCAUGACAGCUAACGAGGAUCAAGAGAUGGAGCUGGAAGCUCUUCGCUCCAUCUAUGAGGGAGAUGAAUGUUUCAAGGAAAUCAGUCCAGUUUCCUUUCAAUUUAGGAUAGGAGACCUUGAGGACACCAAAGCGUUCAUCCUGGACAUCACAUGGCCAGAGUCAUACCCUGAUACAGCACCACAGAUCUCCCUUGAUGUUUUCAACAACAGGAUCUCUGCAGAAACAAAGCAGCUGAUCCUAUCAAAGCUAGAAGAGCAGGUGGAAAUUAACCUGGGCACUGCGAUGAUGUACACUUUGUUUGAGUGGGCAAAGGAGAACCAGGAGACUCUCAUGGAAAACCACAAACCUGUAGUGACUGCUGUGACGUUGACAACGAGCAGUGAGGUGAUUACUCCCACGUCAACGGCAAAGAAGAAGGAGAAGAAGGAGCAGCUGACUAAAGCCCAGAAGAGGAGGAUCAUUAACAGAACAGAUAACAAGGGAGAACUACCAAGAGGAUGGAACUGGGUCGAUGUAUCAAGGUAGGUUCAUUUCAGCUUUUCUCCAUAAGAUGGUGCACUUGAUCACCUUUUAAGACUAAGCCUGCAGCGUUUUUAACUUUAUAUAUGUUCUUUUGUCUUUCUCCCUUUGUCAUUGCUGCUUGAUCAAACACUAGCACGUAAGUGAAUAAACAACUACACCAACAAAACUUCUCACAAAUUUGUAGCACACUCCCAUGUAUGACUGUUUCUAAUGUGACUUGGUUGCAGCUGAGUAAAACGGGAGGAAAAGAUGACGACUAGGCCUGAGAGCAGCGAUCUGCUUCAUGCAAAAACUGUAGAGAAGUCUGAUCUCCCUGCAGCCCGUCGAUGCUGCUGCUCCAGUCUAGAUGCCUUUACAUUCAACGUCAGCUUCAUGUUACACUCAACAUGGCUGCUUCCACCGUGAGAACCAAAGCAGACUGGGUAAAGGUGAACACACACUCCCAGCAAAACAUCGAUUUUCAGCUGGGAAUUAUUAGGAGCCUUUGCUGUGUUUUAUUGUUUGUGGUGUUUGUGCACUGCAGCCAGCUGAAAGGGAGCACAUGAUCAAGUUUUUGUUUAUUUAGUAGCCCUUAUAUCCUGCUCUGUAAUCUAACAGGGUGGAGUGUGCUAGAGACAGAUUUACCUGCUGCCACUGCCAUGUUUUCAAUCUGUGAGGUUAAGCCCAGCUGCCAGGCGCUGAAGUAAACAGUGCUAGGUUGUGCUUCAAAAUGGAAGUGUUUGAUGUGUCAAGUAGCGUUCUGCUGUUACUUUAAGAUACCAUGUGACUUUGUGAAAGCAAAUUUUAAACAACAUCCAAAAUGUUUCUCCUUUCAUCAUUUCCUAUUUUGAUAAAUGUUCCUUUUCCCCUAUGAAUUCAAAUUUUUUAUACAUAAAUAAAAUAAACUUGGCCCAGUGCCUGUCUAAAAAUGUCA